CGUUCAGGCAACUGGUUUGGGAAAAGUGAAUACCUGUAGUUUUCGUUGCGAAUCAGUGGUAUAAUGCCAGGAUAAUCCCUACUUGGUAACGACUCGCGUGUUGCGGGUGCCCGCUGAACCCGUGUUUACCUUACCAGGAGUGACAGGACCUGUGCGGGAGGGCCUGUCUGGUGCUCCCCUCCGCUGUGAAUGGUGCUGACGCUGGCACUAGCCCUUCACCGAUAGAUGUAUCACAGACCCACAAGGAUUAGGGGCAUUGUACACUAUGGCAGCGACUUUGCCUUCAGAUGCUAAGCAACACGAGGCCCAGCAGGCGGCAGACCAAGCCCCUGCACCGGAGCCAGCCCCCGCCAAGAGGACCGCGAGGAGGCAGUGGAGCAUUCAGGAAGGACCUCGAGGAAUUUUGCGUCGGAUGAGAAGCCAGUUAGCCGAAGAUGGUUGUCCAGAGUCUCAGCUGAUCAUUGGAAAAACUCUUUUGGAACAAAUCAGUGAUGAGAAUGAGAAUGAUGAAGAAGGAGCAAGACUUGCUGUGUACUGGUUGAGUCGUGCGUCCUUCCAGGGAAACACUGAAGCCACAAGACUUUUACAGGACUGUAUGGAUAAAAAUGUUGGCAUUUGUGAACACAACUACCAUGAAGUCCGUGAAUGUCUUGCAAUGGACCAGCAAGAAAAGUUGGCUAGAAGGGCUGCUCGCAUGCUUUUCACAAGUGUGAGUGAUGGAAAUGACUUCAUCACCAGCAGCAGACUUGGUGUGAAGAUGCAAGAAGUUUUGGCAGGAACUGAACAACCUGAUGAUUCUGGGGACUCACUGCCUGUCGACAGCAACAGUGACUUGGAGGAGCGAUAUGGAGGAGAGAGAUUUAGUGAAGAGCACCUAGUGUCUGCUGCUGUAAUAUACUGUAAUGGCCGAGUUCCUCCCAUUCAUCAUUUCAUGAAUCAAGUGUCACAAAAUGCACAUUCACACCAGAUUCUUAAUGGUUUACUUUUGCCAAUGAGAAUCUUGAAAAAAGUUUAUCAGAGUUGUUUACAGUUUCUUGGUGUUACAUUUACAAAUUACGUGAAAUAUCUGUUGAAUAUCUUGACACCAUUUACUAGUACACUUAUUGUAUGUCUAAUAUCAGGUUUGAUAUCACUAGUAGGUGUCAACAGAGCAUUUUCAGCAUUCCCUAUUUUUAUAUCUUGUAUAUCCUUGUUGGUAAUGAUGGUGGCCACAGCACAUUUACUACUGAAUAGAAAACACUUUGACAGUUUUCAUUCGUGGUCUAUCCUUUUCUCACAUUACUGUCCAGAACUUGACAUUGAACAUGCUGAAGGUAAAUUCAAAGCAAGAUGUUGGAAACCAUAUGUUGCUCUUUUUUUAUCAGUAGUUAUAUAUUUAGGAACUGUUCCAUUAGUGUCACCUAAGCUUGUGAUUUGCUUUUUGCCUGUGAUGUAUAUCUUCACAGUUUUAACAUUAUUCUUAGUUCCAGAAAAGUUAAAAGUCUGGCAAUUUAUAUCUCUGAGUAUAUAUGUUAUGGCAGUGACUCCAAGUGUGCAUGAGUGUGUCAGCCAGUGGCUGUUUACCCUUGCAAAAGGGACUGGUGCAGAGGAGUUACUAGUUGAACAGCAUAUUGACAUUGGAUGGCAUGUAAAAUUGCAUUUAGGUAUUGGACCAUUUCUGCAUCUCAUGUGGUGCAACUUGCAAAUACUCGUAUGUGUUACUAAUAAACUAAGUAUUCUUCCACCGCAUCUUGUUACUAUUACAUGGUGCCACUUGGCAGUAAUGGCUUCUUACAAGAUAGUAGAACCAUCAAACCUUUUAUAUCCUUUAGCUGCAUGGUCACUGAUAAUGAUGUUACCAAGUAUAGCUUCUCUCUUCUUUCUUUUUGGGCCCGGUCUAAUGUUUGCUUAUGUCUGUCUUCAUGUAGGGAUUGAUGGUCAGUUAGCACUUUUUGUAUUCGGAGCUUGCAUAGUUACCACUUGCAUUUUGAAAUUAUGGUUCCCCAAACUUUUAAUUUUUGUCAAGCUAAUCAUAACUAUUGGAACUGUAAUUGCUAUUUUACAUCCAGAUUUGAUUUUGGCAGUUCCAAAGGCAGUUUAUUCAAAUUUACAAUGGGAAAGUUACAGGAAUGUUUGUGUACCUUCAAAAGAUUCAGCAGCUCUUACUGUUCAUGGUUGUCUUCCUUUACAAGGAGUCUUUGUAAAAUGGCAUGGAUCAGUGUCAUCUGUGAACAUUGUUAGUGUGUUCAAUUUACCUGAAAUGGCUUUAUCAACUCUUCCUUAUGUACUUAGAAAACCUUUAAGAUGUUACUUUGGUAAAACGUUAUCCCAGUGUCCAUCAUCCAAAGAGAAGACAUUACAGAUUGAACGAUGCCACAUGAUUCAUUCAGUUUUAGGUGCAGAUGCUUGCACUCUAGACAGCUGGAAUGAAUACAUGUUUGAAGUUAAAGUGGCAAUGAGUUCCUCAGUGUGGAAAUUUGGAGCUGAAGGAUCACAAGUGACUUUGCAUGCAGAUAAUACUUUUCAAAAAUUCUUAUUAGGACUACAAAUUGAUGAUGAAAUUGAGUUUAUAGGUUCUCUUUCAAAUGGUAUUGGUACUUCCCAACCAAGUUUGCAUUUGACUUCAGUUUCCUGUAUAAAUUGUAAAAUGAAACUGCCCUCUGUAAAGAAAAUUUAUUUUCAUAUUGACUUUGAUGUAUGGGUUAUUCCAGCCUUCAUUUUUAACUUCUUCAUGGGACCAACACUUACUAUCUAAUUUUUUUUUUAUCUCUCAAUUGUGUGUGUGUGUGUGUUGGGGGGGGGGGUGCAACAUUUAUUUUUAGGGGAAAAGAAAUAAUUAAAUGGUCAGUAGAUUGCACUGAAUGUGGAAAUUGUAUUUGAACCAGAUGUUUUAUUUGUUAGAUUGCAUAUUACUAAAAUAUACUAAUACACCACCACCACCUGCUAACAAUAGCAAAAAAUGCUGAAGUUAUAGUUUUAUAAUGAAAAAAUAAUUUGUUAAUUUUGCUUAUUUAACCAGUAUUUAAAUGCAAAGAAUGUUUACGGGUUUGGUUAGCAUGUAUGUGAUAUUGAGAAUUGUAAUUGCUACCCUCUAUGGUACAGAAGUUAAAUGUAUUACAGAAGUUACAGAAUUUGCCUUGUCUAUGUGAUUUAUACACUGAAGAGUCCUUGAGAAGAGGAUCCCAAAUAUGGGGUAUAUAUGAAUUUAUGUCCAAGUUCAGAAGAAUCCAUUUAUUUUACUUUGUAUCAUUUUGCAGUCUAUACAGUGUUGCAGGCCUAUCCAAUCAUGGAAGAAUGUGAAGAGUUUUGGUAUAGGUUUCUAAAUAUUUUUUGAUAUGUGAUAGGAGAUGAAUGUUGUCAGUAUAAUUCAGGUAUUCACUUGUGUUGUUUUAGUUUUCAUUUGAUUAUAUGUAAUUCUGUGAAGUAUCGUUAGCUGUGUGUUUGGUGGUGAAUAGUGAAGUGAUACAUGUUUAUUUGUUUUUAUGUCGUAAAUUAUAAUUAUGUUUGUUUAUGCAAGAAAAUAACCAUCAAUAAUGAAUUGCUCAUGUAUGUGGGUCCCAGAGUACUGACCAGAAGUCUCCUACUGAGUGGACCAGAACAUAAUUUCUGAUUGUUAUAGAUUUAUUCAGCUUAUUAAUCAAAGUACAAGAAAAGGUGUUCUAACAGUUUUAGAUAUAUUCUAUCACAAAACUAUAGAGUUAGGUAUAAUUUUUUUUAUGGAGUUGAUUCUGAAAUGUACAUGUUAAUCAAGUGUAUAAAAAUGGUUUCUGUUAGUUUUUUACUCUUAAAUUGAAUAGAAAAAUGUAUCCCUUCAGAAACUGUUCAGUGAUGAUAAGUGUGUGCUACAGAAGGGCUAGCUUGAGGGCAAUCAAGAUACAUACCGUGGUCACUUUUUAACACACUGGUGAUGGAUAAUAUGCUAUCAUGCCAUGGGGAAUAAUCACAGAUGCUGGGUAAUGCCUCAUCACAUCUUUAUUCUGUCCUAAUGAAGGGAACGAGAUUGAGAUUGAGCAUGGCCUACAAGAAGCCAGACUAUUGCCCAAGCACACACAAAUGUAAGCCUAACCUUACCUGACUUCAUGAAAAUUUUUACCCUGUCUUGUCUGGUUAACAAGGAAGCUGGGUGAUGAUCUCAACUAUAGAUAUUCUUGCCUUGUUGAGCAGAGUGUUAAGAGGUGCUCGUCAAUUUAUGUACUAUAUUAUAAGUUGCACAUUUUCAUAUAUUGAUAAGUAAAAAUGAUAGGUAUGGUUUCAUGAAAGUUGUUUAAGAUUGUGGCUGUUUUCAUUCCUGUGUUUUUUGUGAAUUUUUGUUGUGCACAAAUGGCUCCAUAAGUGCUCAGCCACCAGGGAUUCAGUUAACUGUGCCCAGAUUUCCCCUUUCCUUGAAUUUUCUUUUCUUUUCUUUUCUAAUAUUAGUAUCUAUGCUUUUAUUAUUUUUAAUAACAUUAUGAUUGUUAAAAUGAUAUUAAAAUUCCAUCAAUGAUUGUUAAAAUUAUAUUAAAAUUACAGUAAUGAUAAAAUAUAAAAAUUCUUUCCUUCAUGACUUAGUACUACUGGGGCUAUCUUUGUGUAACUACAAUUAAGAAACUAACUUUAUAAUGGAUUUGGUAUGCAUGUCAUGUCAUCAGCACACAGUAGGUUAAAGGGUUUAGGGUUUACCAAAUCAUGACAUUGAUAUUCAGGUAAAAAAGAAAAUUAAGUGUUUGUGAAGAUUGUCCUAAUAAUGAAAAUAACCUCUGAAUACUCUUCUGAUGCAUCAGAUUUCAAAAUGUUUUUAAAAAUAGUUUUUUAAUGCUGCUUGACAGAGAUAAGCAAGUAUGUUAUAAGAAAGGAAUGUUUGGUAACUUGAAUUUCUUAAUGUAACUUUAAAUUGAAUAAGAAGCUUUUCCUGAUCAUUUUGUAAAAAAUCAUCAUGCAGCUUUAAGAAAUAGUGAUAUAUCCAAGUCGGCAAAUUACUAACAUAUGCUGCAUUGGAAAUGAAACUUUGUUUUCUUUGUUCAUGAGGUUCCCGCUUGAAUGGAUUUCACUGCCUAAAAUCUGUGAUAUACCAGUGAUUUGCUCAUGCUAAGAAGAAAAUAACAUUUUGUAUAAGAAGAAUAUUUUGUACACUUACAUUAAAAAGAUUCUCAGCUUUUGGACUUUGGGCAACAGCUAUUUUCUGUUAUGUUAUGUUUUGGUUUGAACAGGAGAAGAAAAAUUAUUGUUCUGUAAAAAUUAUGGUGGUGAUUGUAUAUACAGUAUUUUCUCUCACUUUGAUAUGUGAUAACGAUUGUGUUUUUAAAAGGUUUUGUAGUAUAAAUUAUGUUCUCAGUAUGAGAUUAAAAAUACUAAUUUAAUGUAAAUUACUCCUAUGUUAUUGUAAUUGUUUGAUAUGAAAUAGUUCCAGAUACAUUGCCAGAAUUUUGUUUCCAUAAAAUACUGUAUUUUGGGUUUAUAUAUAGUUAAUUUUCUUUAUUUUGUAAGUCACGUCUAAUAUUUUUACUAUUGCUUUCUGAGGUAAUGGAUAUAAUUUGUUCCUGGUUCUUUUUCAGUUCACUUGAUUUGUUCUAUAUGCUUUAGUAACCAUCACUAGUCACUUGAUAAUAAAGCUGUGGCUUUGUU